AGAGAAAACGCUCAUUGGAAGAAAGAGAAUUUUUCACACGGGCUGUCUGCUAGAACUCUGAAAAAUCCCUAAAAUUUCUAGUUCUCAUUGGUUCUUUCUUUGCCCCAAAUCAUGCCCGUCGUCGAUGAUUAGAACGCGUGCGUUUAUCACCAUGUGUGACUGGUGAAGUCGCUGGUCUAGCAGAGGAGCAUUGCAAAGGGAUCGCAGUCAUAGGAGAGGGUUUGUGGAGGAGUCGCUCAAGACAGGUGGAAGCUGAGAGCAAAGCGACUGAAAUCGGAGUUUUAAAAUAUGAAUGAUCGAUUUCUCUCAUCUGGAUUAUAAGCUUGCUUUCCGGUAUUCCUACGAAAAUUAGCAAGGAUUCGCUUGGCUUCAAGAAUAUUAAAUGACAGGGCAGCAGGCUGAAAUCAUUGGGUGCUACAAAGAAGAAAGGUGUGACAAACUUUGUUGCACCUGGUUCCAUAAGGAGGAUAACAAAACGAGCAAGCUUCGAUUCAUUAAUCACUACACCAAAUGUUUCUUCAACUUCUCGUGAUACAUCACAUAGGCAACCUAUGAUGGAAACAAUGGAGGUACGAAUACAUCUAGGACCAGUGUUAUACGUCCACCACCAGUGGAAGAAAUGGUCAUGACUGAAAAUACAACUGAAAAUCAGCGGCCUGUCAAUCAAGGUGUCGGUGUGACAAGAAACAAUGGAGAUAUGAAUACAUCUAGGACUAGUGUUGUACGCCCACCACCAGUGGAAGAAGUGGUCAUGGCUGAAAAUACAACUGAAAAUCAGCAGCCUGAUCAAGGAGUGACAAAAGAAAGGAAAAAACGGGGCAGAACAAUUUGCAAACAACUUAUUAACUUGAAACCUGGGCAAAAGUUGCCAAUCAUCUUCAAAAACAGGCGUGGUGCUGGUCCUAAUGGAUCCGUCUGGUCAAGCUACCUUGGCACAAUUAUUCGGAACUCACAGAUGUGCCCGGUUAGAGUUAAGGAUUGGGAUGAGAUAGGUAGAGAAGAAUUAGAACAUAUGUGGGCUGCAGUUAAGGAAUAUUUUACAAAUCCUGAUAUGGAAUCUGCAAAGGAGGAUGUUUUCGACCAUAUGAAUGAAAUGUGGAGAACUUGGAGAUCUAAGAUGAAUUGUAAACAUGUGAAAGUUCGUGACAACUUGGAAGAUAUUCUCGGAGAUGUUCCAAGAUUCCUCAACAAAGAAGAUUGGGAGUGGGUUGUGAAGGAGAAGUUUCUAUCUAAAGAAUUUUUGGAGAUAAGUAAGAGAAAUGAAGAAAACAUAGCAAAGAAAACAAUGAAUCAGCACAGUGGAAGGAAACCGGUUCGACAAAUUGGGUUGGACUUGACUGAGAAGUUGGGAAGAGCUCCAACUGUAGCAGAGCUAGUGUUUGACACUUAUAAAGAAGGAGAUAUAAUUAAGGAUGUGGCAGCAAAUGCAAGACAUCUAUUUGUGGCGUUUUGGUGGUCUGCAAUCCUCUAAUUUUUUCUGCGUACAACACAAGAAGGGCAAAAUACAAGAAGACUAAGCCCUUCGUGCACAUUUAUAGAGUGCGGUGGUGAUCUUAUUUUGACGAAGGAUGGAGACUAUCAUAAUUAUUUUGUAGUAGCAUUGAUAUUUUGUGAAUGGUUGAUCAUUUUAUAUCAUGUUAUAUGAUCAGAAUACUACAAGAACUAAACUUCCUAAUUGUAUGUUAAUAUCGAUCAAUGUACAUUUGUGAAUAUAAUUCACAAGAAUAUAUAUAUAUAUAUAUAUAUAUAU